GGCGAACAAAUAAACCUAGGGAACGAACACCUUGACUUGCCACUGGUGUAAUCGAAAAUGGCAUUCUCCUCAUAUUGUCGACGAGCUGUUAAUGGAUCCCGUUCUUUGUUUUCUUCGAUGAUCAGCAGCUCUCAGACGAGAUCCAAGCACUCUAUCAGCCAUGAUCAACCAGGUGCUCAAAGUGUGAGCUCUGAAAGGCCACUUAGGCAAUUCGUUUCAGGCAAAGACAAGUCAGCUGGUAGAAACUCAAAGGGUCGAAUCACAAUUUUCCACAGAGGGGGAGGGGCAAAACGGUCACAAAGAACAAUUGAUCUAAAACGCAACACUUCAUCAGUAGGUGUUGUUGAAAGAAUCGAAUACGACCCAAAUCGCACUUCACGGAUCGCAGUAGUCCGAUGGGUCGAAGGGGCAGCCAUUGACUGCCCGAGAAAAGUCAACACACUAGCAAAGAUAAACUUCACCCCACCUCCCAAGAUCUUACCUUCCAUAACCAUGAAAGUCAAAGUCAAAGUCAAACAGGAACCCACAUGA